AUGCACAUCCAACAUCUUACUCUUGCUACUCUUGUCAGUCUAGCUGGCUCCUCCCUCGCCGCCUGUGGCGACGCAGACGCCUGCGUCCUGACUGAAACCUGCACCACAGUCACCCGCACCGCGCCAGCAACUACAAUCACCACCUGCGUUCCCACCCCAACCUGCCUCAAAGUCUACCAAGACUGCGUGUCUGGCGGCGGCGGAGAAAUCUGUUGUUCGGGAUACUGCGCCGCGACAAAGUGUAGACCUACGGAUCCGGAAUGGCCGGGUUGUGCGGAGGAUUUGGAGAUUUGUAGUGCUGAUGGAGACUGUUGUUAUGGGAAUAAGUGUAUUGGGGGUGUUUGCCGGCGUGAAUAA